GAAAUACAUGAUACUAAUAAAUAUAUUGAGGAAGAUACAUCGCUUGAAACGCCACUAACAGAAGAUGAAAAGAUUAAUAUAAAAUAUAUUGAGGAGGAUACAUCGCUUGAAACGCCACUAACAGAAGAUGAAAAGAUUAAUAUAAAAUAUUGUCAAGAGAAAAUAUGUAGAUUCUUAUUUCCGUAUCAACAACCAGAACAAGAGACUCGCGCCAAUCUUCAUACUCGCGCUUACACGCAAUUAGCACGAUCUCUAAACCAUAUUCGUUUUAUAACACAAGAAAAAUUUCUUAACUGGACAAAAGAAAGAAAAAUCCGACCAAUUGCACAACAUUCGAGGAUGAUCAACGAUCGUGUAAAUAUAACUAAUCGUGAAAAAAAAAUUAUGGGAGUUGAAGAUGGCGUUAAACUUGAAAAAUCCUAUUGCAUUGACCAAUUUAAACUAAACAUCACAACUUUAGAUGAAUUAGGCAAAGAAGUAAUGUUCAAAUUAGUUACAGAUACUCUAAAAGCUCCCCCUAUGACAGAAGAAUAUGAAAACUUAAUUAAGACGGUGAAAAAAAUUCAAAAUCAAUACGGAAUAAAAAAUGUAUAUCUAGCAGCUGAUUUUCCACUUAAUAGCGGUAGAGCUCAAUCAGAUUCAUUUCGUAAACUUUCAAAUUUUCAUAAAGAAGCCAUUAAAAUACUUGGAUUAAAUAAUAGUUUUGUAAAUAGUUCCGAUCAUAUAAAAUUCAAUACAUGGAUUUCAAUGGACGGGUUAUCACAAAUUAGAAAAGAUCCAAAGUAUGCGAAAGAAUUUAAAGGGCCUGGUAUACAAGGAAUACUUGAUAA